AGUUGGCUGCUGGGGAGAGCCUGGGUCCCUCUUCUUCCUUUCCUCUGUUAGGCGUUUAUGGAGCAGGGGAAAGGACUGAUGAAUGGGGGGAGAGAUUCCUUCCUUCCUUCCUUCCCUUUUCAGUGGGUGCAUCUGCACUGCCCAAGCAGAGCUCUCUGAAAGAGAAGACUGGAAAUCAAUUCAUAGAUGAGAAAGAGUCUAAAUAUAAAAGACAAUGCAGUUCCUAAAAUGUAUGUUUUGGAAAUGGUAACAAAUGAGCAUUUAGAGAGAGAACAUGGGAAAGUCAUAUUCUAUAUGACUAUGGCCACUUGACUGCUAUAAUUAGGCAAGUAAAGGAGGGAGAAAAAGAAACAUCCAAAUGUGGAGGAAUGGCUUCUUAAGUUGGAAACUGACAAACUGAUGCAAAUGUUAAAGCAGAAACUAUUAGAUAAAUUUGAAUUAGAAUGGGAAUCAUUAAUAACUUACUUUUAAAAAGCAUAGGGUUGUACUUGGCUUAUACUUAGAUAUAGUAAUAAAUGGAUGCUGGGGAAGUUUGAGACAUAUAAUUUUGGAGAUACAUGAUGCUACAAGAUUUAGAAGAAAUGAAAACUGAUCGGAUAAAAGAGAGGGGCGAAAUCUGGGAGAGUUCUGCCUUGAUCUGUUCAAAGACCCAUUUGGGUUUUGGACCAUCCAUGGGAACCUCAGCCCUUUCUUCCAGCAUCGCAUCUCCAAUGAGUUGAUCUUCUUUCUGUCUGCUUUCUUCACUGCCCAGCUCUCGCAUCCAUACAAGUGUUUCCACUUUCACGGGGGUCCUAUGCCCCUAACCCCAGCGAAUGUGGAGGGCCCACUGUACUUUCCAGACCUCAAAUAAGGGACAUGAUGAGGAACUCCUGGCAACCCUAGGUUCAUUCAUGGCUGCCUUCUCUUCCUCCUGAUCCCAGUGUUUUCAGGAGCCUUAUCUGCAAACAGCAGCCAACAGUUCCUUGACAGCAGAUCUUACAGAAACACUCACAGACUGCAAUACAGAGCGACCCGCCAUCUAAGCAAACCUCCAGGACCACUUUGACACAGUGGUUAAAAUCCUUUGCACAAGGUAAUAGAAUCAUUCCUCAAGGGAUUGCCAAAGGCCUCAUGUUGCAUAUUCUGGUCCUGUCCAUAGUCUUCCUCCACAAUGCUGUUGAUGGGAGUAUUUCCUGCUAUGAUGACUCUGGAAAGCCUGUGGAUUGGUUUAUUGUUUACAAGUUGCCACAACCCUGUCAUAGUCCCCCGACAGGGGGCAUGCAGUACAUGUACCAAGAUGAACAUACCCAGGGCUGGGUGCAAGGCAGGAGUCUGAUGAACACUACCAAGGGCGCUGUGGGCCAGACCCUGCAACAGCUGUACACAGAGGCAGUGCGGAGACAGGAGGAAGAAACAGCCUAUGUCCUGUACAAUGAUGCUCCUCCAAAAACUGUUUCUUCCAGUAACAAGGGCCAUACAAAAGGAGCCAUCCUUCUAGAUCGAACCCAGGGCUUCUGGCUUCUUCACAGCACUCCCCACUUCCCUCCCAGUCUAGAUGAAAAGGAGUAUGCUUGGCCUCACAGUGCACUGCACUAUGGGCAGACCUUUCUGUGUGUCACCUACCCAUACAGCCAGUUCAAAGAGAUUGGGAAUCAGUUGCUCUUCACUGAACCUGAAGUCUAUGAUUCCCGUGUGGAAGGUACUUUUGCCCAGGAUCUACCAGCCUUGCUGAAUGCCUCGAAGGGGCAGCAUGUCCAAAAGGAGCCGUGGAACUCCAGUGUCCCCCUGACGUCCCUGGGAGGCAAAGAAUUUGUCAGCUUUGCCAAAUUUCGCUUCUUCAGUGACGAUUUGUACUCUGGCUGGUUGGCCCAAGCUCUUGCCAGUGAUCUCUAUGUCGAGUUCUGGCACAGGUCUCGAGGGAUCUUGCCUUCCAACUGUUCCGGAGACUUCAGAGUCUACAAUGUGGAGGAAGUGGCCUUCCAGGAUCCAUCCAAGCACUUCCCCUCCACAUCAGACCAUUCCAAGUGGUGCGUGGGGACAGAGAGUGAUCCUGGCUGGGCCUGUGUUGGGGACAUGAACCGUAAUAAUGCAGAAGAACAGCGCGGGGGUGGCAUCAUCUGCUGUCGUGAUCCAGCUGUUUGGAAAGCCUUCCACUCCUUGGUACAGAAUUAUACUGACUGUGACGGUGCAGGGUGCCAUUCAUUAUGUGGGCUGUAAUAGUCCUAAGAGUCAUAGUCAUGUAAGGGGGGUGGGGUUCAAUGAACUAGGACAUGGGAAUAGGGAUGAGCUCAAGGAGUGGUGGGUGCUUAACUUCAGAUACUGUGUAGCAAGAAUUCAAACCUUGGUUCUUUUGGGAACAGAUUACCCUUCAGGUUGAGCCUCCCUUAUCUGGAAUUCCAAAAUCUGAAAUCCUCCAAAAUCUUUUUCAUGGGUAGCUGAGAUAGUGACACUUUUGGUUUCUGAUGGUUCAGUGUACACAAAAUUUGUUUCAUGCACAACAUUAUUGUGUAUAAAAUUAUAUUCAGGUUAUGUGUAUAAGGUGUGUAUGAAACGUAGGUGAAUUUUGUGUUUAGACUUGAGUCUCACAGCCAAGAUAUUUCAUUAGGUAUAUGGAAAAAUUCCAAAACCUGAUAAAAUCCAAAACACUUCUGGACCCAAGCAUUUCAAAUAAGGGAGACUGACCCUGUACUACUUUAUUUAACCAAGGUUUUGGUGGAAAUGAUCCCUGGGAUCAAAAUCCCUUGAUUUUCCAGCUAAGACCCCUUACCCUGUGUUUUCUAUGCUUUACAUUAUGCUCUCUUCCAUCAGUACCCCCACCCCCACCCCUGUUGUGAAAUACUUCCAGGGAAACCCACAUUUUGUCUGUUGCUUUUUUUAAAAAAAAACAAAUCAGUUUUCAAUGCUAAAUGUGAAUACAAGUUAGUGUGACAAAUAA